AUGACAAGGCCGAAUUUUCCACAAUUUCUCUUCUCAAUUCUUCUAUCACUCGUGGCAUCAUCAUCCUCAUUGUGUUUUCUCUUUUCUCUCCUCUCGCCCAUUCAUGCCAAGUUGUCUCUUUCUCAUCACGAACAACAACAACAACCACUAAAACCACAAAUUCCACUCAUUCUCGUUCCAGGUUAUGCUGCAAGCAUUAUUACCGCAUCGGAGAAGAAUUCAGGAACGUUUGUGAAACAUCUCUAUGAGUCCUAUCCAAAUUCCACACAAGAUUUUAUGUAUUUAUCAUGUAAAAUAAUUAAUUCAAAUACGAUGCAAUCAUUUGUUGCAGACGAUCAACAAUGGGAUUUAAUAUCUCCAAUGGAUCGAUUCGGUCUCUUUGCCAUUGACAAUUUAAAUCCUGGAUCUUCACAAGGAAAUGGUCCAGAUCGUUUCUAUUUUCAUGACAUGAUUAAUUAUUUAAAAAACUCAUUAGGAUAUGAAGAAGGAAAAACACUUUUUGCCUUUCCAUACGAUUGGAGACAAUCCAUUACUAAAUUGGCGUUGAGACUUGCAUCUUAUGUGAAAACUGUUGCCUCACAAUCAAAUUCAAAAAAGGUCAAUAUUAUUUCACACAGCAUGGGAGGCUAUGUGACAAAAUCAGCACUUGUUGAAGAUGCAUCUCUUGCGUCGUAUGUGAAUAUUUAUAUUGCAUUUGGUUCUCCUUGGCAAGGAACUGGAAAAGAUUGGGUUGUUUCUGCCUUAUUUGGAAAUAAUUUAAAUAAUUUUAAAUUGAAUGAAAUGGUGGUGAGAAGUGUCUCAUUAGGAAGUAUUUCAUUCUAUGAAAGAAUGGUACUAAGUUUGAAAGGAAAUAACGGAGAGGGAAAAAUAAGUGUGAAUGGUGUGAAUGUGAAGGAUCUAACGAUGAUUGAAGCCAUUGAUUCAUUUCUUAAAGACAGUAAGGUUGAAUAUACAACUGCAUUGGAUAAUGGAGGUGGCAAUGUGAAAUCAGAACUCGUUCCAUUUCGAGCUGAUAUUCUAAGUAACAAGCUUGAAAAUUCUGUCAUACGACAAAUUUAUAAUUUUCAGAAAGAUAUUUAUGGUCCUAUUCAACCAAGAUAUUUCUAUAAUAUAUUUGGAGAGGGAAGAAAAACUGCACUCAGUGUUUCACUGACAGGAAGUGGUAUUCAAUUAGAAUCUGAUGGAUCCAUUAACAUUUCAAAUAUUUCACAAAUUAAAUAUUUAAUGGGAGAUUAUACAAGUGGAGACGGAGUCGCGAGCUUUGCAUCGGCCAUGAACGACGGAUUGGAAGCCACACAACGAAUUUCGUCAUUUAAUUCCCAUAAUGGAUUGUUGAGAGAUGAAAAUUCCUUCCUUUCCAUCAAGUAUUACUUGGAACAGCAUUGUCAUGUUAUCGGAAAGUGGGAUUUAACAAUUUCGGACGCCAAUGGUGCUGUAGUGUCAAACUCGAAUAUUCUAGUCAAAGAAACCUAUGAUUGGUAUGCAUAUUCAGAUUCUUUUUCAAUGAAUGGACGAUACUUUAGAGACGUGUGGAAUGGAAACAUGACAUUCAAGGAAACUGUCUAUGAUUUUUCUCUGAAAUUGGACACCUCACAAGUGAAAACUUUUAGCAAUUUGUGUGUAUUUUCAAAAUUGAGUGGAAUAAUGACAAGCCGAACAAGUGGAAUGAGUUUUAACGUUUCUGCUGUUGCAAGUCAAUCCAUGGAUGGUGCUCAAUGCACUCAGAACCAAGGUUGUGACGUUGCUAAUGGAGUUGGAGUUCGGGAAUGCAUCAAUGGCUAUCUGUCUGAUAUUUGUCGUGUCACAGAGUGCAAUCCUGGCUUUUUGAUGAGCGUCGGUCAACCUGUAAGACCCUCCACUUGUAUUGAAAAAUCAGUGAGCUUUAUUGCCCCAAUUGUCAUUGGCUCCUUACUUGGUCUCUUUAUUCUAUGUACUGGUGUUAUUCUUUGCGUAUGCUAUGUUCGUGUCAAGUUUUCAAAGAAAGGAACUUCUGGCACCUAUCAAGCAUUUUAG